AUGAUGGUCAACACAAAGUCGUUACAAAGACAAUUAUUUGUUGAGAUGAAAAAUAAGUUGAUGACUCCAGGAGCAAUAUCUCCAUUAAAAGUUAUAUCAAAUGGUUAUGAAUAUUACUCAAAACCUUCGAAUUAUGGCAAUAUUUAUUAUCGUCGUAAAAAAGGAAAUUUGUCGAGUGAAGAAGUUUUACUGGACUCUAAAAAAUUAGCAAGAGAAAAUAAACAAAUCAAGUCCAUAUUAUUGUCAACUGAUGAAAAUUUACUUGGUUAUUUGGUUGAAAAAGAAGGCGAUGAAGUCGGAUCAUUACAUUUUAAAGGUUUAUCUAGAAAUAAUAAUUAUCAGAAUGAAAUAUUAAGCGGAGUUUUUAAUUUUUUGUGGGGAACAAAUAUUCAUACUGUUUAUUAUACUGCUACUGAUGAGCAACUCAGGCCCUGCAAGGUUUAUGCACACAAAAUGGGAACAUCACAACGGAAUGACGUACUCUUAUAUGAAGAAAAGGAUCACACUUCUUUUGUUGAUAUUACUUGUACCAAAGAUCUGUCCUUUAUUAUGAUAAAUUCAAACACCUUUUCAUCAUCUGAAGUUUGGUUUUUUGAUGCCCAUCAUGACAUGUCUCAGGGUAUACCAGAAUUAAAAUUAAUUGAACCGAGGACGUUUGGAUUGGAAUAUUAUGUUGAUCAUCGUGAUGGCUACUUUUACAUUUUGACAAAUGCUGAAAAUUCUCAUAAUUUUAAACUUGUUCGUACGAGAAUAGAAAAUCACGGAAAAAAGUAUUGGGAAACUAUCUUUACUGUUAAAGAAACUGAAAGAAUUGAAGAUGUUGAAUUAUUUCAAGACUAUGCAGUUAUAUUUGCAAAAAGCGAAGGCUUACCUGUUCUUAUGUGUUAUGAAUUGAAAUCUUCUGAUGUUCAUCAAAUAAUUUUGCCUACGAACCUGUGUGCUGUUUCUCCAGAAAUAAAUAUUGAUUGUAAUACAAAUAUUGUUCGAUUUACAUGUAAUUUGCCUUUGGCUCACGAGACAACUUAUGAAUAUGACAUGAAAGCGCGUAAACUAUAUUCUAUAAGAUAUAAAUCAAUUAAUGGUUUCGAUAGUAAUCUUUAUACAUGCUAUCGAACACGUGCUAAAGCUUCAGAUGGUGCUGAAAUACCAAUAACUAUAUUACAUAAAAAAUCUUUAAUAAUGAAUCACAACAAUCCAGUUCUUGUAAGGUCUUAUGGUGCAUAUGGUAUAACAAUAGAUCCAGAUUUCCAACUUGAACAUUUUCCAAUGUUGGAGAGAGGUUGGGUUAUCGCUCUUGCACAUGUUCGCGGAGGAUCGGAAUUAGGUUAUUCAUGGUACGACCAAGGCCGAUUAAUGAACAAAAAAAAUUCAUUUACUGAUUUUAUUUCGGUUGUAGAGUAUUUAAUCAACGCAGGGUAUACUAACACAUCAAAAAUUUCUGCAAUUGGUGUUAGCGCUGGUGGUGCCGCUUUUAACAUGCGACCAGACCUUUUUAGAGCAUUAAUUUUACGAGUUCCUUUCCUAGAUCCAUUAACAAGUAUGCUAGAUCCAAAUCUGCCACUUACAAAGAUAGAAUACAAUGAAUGGGGUAAUCCUUUGGAACACGAGGAUAUAUAUAAAUACAUUUCUAAUUAUGCGCCAUAUGAUAAUAUCUCUCAUGACACAACUAUUAAUGAUAAUUUGAAACAAUACAAUAUUGGAACCUCAAUAUUAGUGACAGCAGGAAUGCAAGAUCAGAGAGUAAAUUAUUGGCAAGCAUUGAAGUGGGUAUCUAGAAUGAGAAUAAGACAAGCGAAACAAUUUUGGCCAUAUAAAGACAGUAAUAUUUUGAUUCUAAAGAUUGACACUGAUAAGGGUCAUUUUGGAAGUAGUUUUAAUAAUCAAUCUGAUAGAAUUGGAGAUUUAGCUUUUGAACUUGCUUUUUUAAUUACUCAAGUUCAAUAG